GACUUCUUAUGAUGUCAAUUAUAGGUGAAAUGAGACCUGGUUUAUUGAACUUUGUAGGAUUCUUGUUGAAAAUGAGGCACGCCGUUCCCACGUAUCGUCUCAGGACGUGGCGACGCAGUCACGUCAGCCGCGAGCCCGGUCUCCGUUCCAUUCUUG